AUGAUGCGCCAGUGCCCAGUCUCUGGCAUGGUCACGUUCGAGAACGGAGAGGUCGUUCUCCGCUUAGCCCCAUCGGGCCAAGCAGCUACGACGAACACAACACCAUCGGCAAGCACAUCACCGACUACCUCCGCACCGCCGUGGGGCAUUGCGCGGGACGACAACGCAAUCCUCGUCGCCAUCGGUGAGAAGAAGAUCCACGUUCACCCGUCGAGACUUCCUAUGUCAACGGAUAGCCGCCGGGUUAUAUUGAACAAUGUACAACGGGCCUUAAACCUCGAUGUGGGACUGUUUGGACAAUGGAACUUGGAUGCCAACACGAAGCUCCUCAAAAUGCUUGCGAAGGCCAAGAGACUUCCGAAAACAUCGAACGACGCGAAGAAUCUCGCUCUCGAGGACAAGAAGAAUGACAACAUCGAGCAGCUCGCCGUUGAGGACACGAAGCACGACACGAAGGACACCACGAAGGACGAGAGUGACCAUGGCCCCAGCGAGGACAUGGACGUGAAUGACGGGAAGGAGCGCGAGGACACAGAAAAGGUAGAUGACUCCAGCGACAGUUCCUCGGAGUGCAAUAACGACUCAUUGGCAGUGCCACAGUGUGGCAUGGUGAAGGCCGAAGAUCUUCAGGAGCCGAUCACAUUGCACCAGUUCCUUCAGGAGGCAUGCCGCCGCCCAAAUGAAGCCAAGGUCACCACGCUUCUGUUCGACGUGCACACCAAUGUCCCCGAGUUCAGUGGCUUCGCACGCAUUGGCGAGCGGCGAGCAAGUGGGGUGAUACUGGAUAACCACCGGGACGUAUCCAUGAACGUUGUCAAGAUUUUCCACUUCUCAGAGAAGAUCGCCAUUAACCAUGCGCUGAAGCUUUGUUCCGGUGAUGCUUUCAUUCCAUCAGUAUACCGACCUGGCCCCUGGGGUGUCAAGAAGACUGUUCAAUUCCUUCUCCAAUGUCUGCCAGGGUAUCGCAUUCUAUGGAACAGCGUCGGCGAGAAACCCACCAACCUACGAAAGGCUCAAUCCUCUCAAUGGGCGCCCGAAGAUGAAGCUCUACGACAUGGGAUUGAUUAUAUCAAUGCCAAUGCACCAGAGGGCGAUGCACUCAAUGAACAGACCUUUUGGAUUCUCUGUAGCAUCCGGGAAGGCUCUGACACUCUGAUAGCAGGAUGGCCGGAGGCCAAAGUCAGAGACAUGUGCAGGAACAAAGUCUCGGGGAAUGGGUGGCCGGGCGUGGGUAAGACACGGUCGCUGGUUGUCAUGACGCUUGCGAUCGCUCGGCAUCACAUCAACAAGUUGGGUGUGGAGGAAAAACCAUCAUGGAGACGAGCGAAGUCACUGGAUAACUUUAGACACCGGGCGCCGCAGAUCCACGACGGUGUCUUCCUUGAUGAUCCGAGCCGUGACAGGCUUGAUAUGACCGAUCUCAAAUCGUUCAUGACGACUGAGGAAGAUCAAACAUGUUCCGGGCGGUACGACGAUGUCAAGCUGAGCCGAGGCCAAGUUCCCGCUUAUGCUGGCAAUCAUCUCACUUUCGAGGACGAGCCUGGGCCCGACGACCGUACCACUAUCACUUCGGAAGAGAUCCUGAAGAUGUUGGGGAAAACGUUCCCGGUCGAGAAAGAUGCCGACGUGAUGGCUGUCCUCAAGAGAUCUAUCGCUUCCGUGUCCGGGAAGAGUGCAGUAUAUUUGCACCUUCCAUCCCAGCACAGCGAUGGCAUAGUGCAUCGCAUCGUCGCGGAGGAUGUGCAUUUGGACGUGUUGGCCCCCACGAUAAGUACCUUCUAUCCGAGUACAAGACUGGAAACAUCAAGAUCAAAGGCAGCGUACAUCGAGCACUGCGCGAAGGAGGGGCAGCAGCGUAUCAGUCCAAUCCCGACACCAGCCAGGCGUGUGCGACACCUACCUAGUUCUCCCUCCUCCCCGGAAGCCAAUGCCAUUCCUCCCACGGUGCCCUUCUCGGUGCAGCUGGCAACACCUGAUCAGCCACGCAAGCGGCUGUUGAACUCUAGCACUAUGCCGCCGCCCCGCUCGGACACACAAGCAGACAGCGCACUUGAGACAUCGACAACAUCAGCGGCAUCACCGUCUGGUCUUCUUGCAGUUGCGCCUUCUUCCCUUCCUGAAGAUUAUGUGUGCAACGAUAACCAGGAUGCAGGUGAAAAUGCAAUGGCCGCAUCAGGCGAUGAGAUGGACGUGGCAGAGGACUUCCAGGAGGACGAAGAAGCUGCCCGACACCUUGGUCUCUCUGAGUAG